AUCUGGUAGACGGAGGUGCUAUAUUUAUUUACUAUAUUCACAAACACAACUCUACCAAAGCAUUAAUGAACAUUAUUAUAGUAACAUUCUAAUUUUUUUGCACUCACGGCAACAAUUCGGCUUCAAGACAGCGGAAUAGUGGCUUUUCAACCUUAUAAACGGAGCUGAGGAAGCGUUACAGGGGCGUGUGAGCGUCUUUACUGCAGGUUUUCAGUUUGGAACAAGAAAGGGUGUGGUAAAUCUCCAAAGGCUUUUUUUUUUUUUUUGUUGCGUUGGGCGUAUGAGGAAGUUAUUGACAGAGUUAGUGAACAUCGGUAAGCAGAUCUGUAUUAGAUAUUACAGCCAGAAUACAAGAAUGCCUGGGAAGAAAGUUUGCAUCGUUGGAUCAGGAAACUGGGGUUCCUCCAUUGCCAAAAUUGUUGGGCAAAAUGUCAAAGCCUCCAACCGCUUUGACCCAAUGGUGAACAUGUGGGUCUACGAGGAAACUAUCAACGGGAGGAAGCUCACAGAGAUCAUCAACACAGAACAUGAAAAUGUCAAGUAUCUGCCUGGUCACAAGCUGCCCAAGAAUGUGGUGGCUGUCCCUGAUGUCACAGAGGCAAUGAAAGGAGCCAAGAUCCUCAUCUUUGUUAUCCCACACCAGUUCAUCCACAAACUUUGUGAUCAGAUGAAGCCUCAUGUGACUGAGGGAACCAUUGGGAUAUCUCUCAUCAAAGGUAUCGAUGAGGGUCCAGACGGACUGAAGCUCAUCUCAGACAUCAUCCGAGAGAAACUUGAGAUUGAGGUCAGUGUCCUGAUGGGUGCUAAUAUAGCCAAUGAGGUGGCGGAUGAGAAGUUCUGUGAAACCACGAUUGGUGCAAAAAACGAAGGAAAUGGCCUCAUUUUCAAGGAGCUGCUGCAGACGCCCAACUUUCGGAUCACUGUUGUGCAAGAAAGUGACACCGUAGAGCUGUGUGGUGCCCUGAAGAAUAUCGUAGCAGUAGGGGCCGGGUUCUGUGACGGCCUCGGUUUUGGCGACAACACCAAGGCGGCAGUGAUCAGACUGGGUCUGAUGGAAAUGGUAGCUUUCGCCAAGCUGUUCUGCAAAGAAAAGGUGAGCUCAGGCACCUUCCUGGAAAGCUGCGGCGUGGCCGAUCUCAUCACCACCUGCUACGGAGGACGGAACCGCAAAGUUGCAGAGGCCUUCGUCACAACGUCGAAGACAAUUGCUGAGCUGGAGGUGGAAAUGCUCAACGGUCAGAAGCUCCAGGGUCCACAGACGUCUUCUGAGGUCUACAAGAUUCUUCUGAAGCAGAAUAUGGUCAACAAGUUUCCCUUGUUUACAGCGGUCUACCAGAUCUGCUAUGAAGGCAAGGCAGUGAAAGAGUUCAUCACCUGCCUGCAGAACCACCCAGAACACAUGUAGCACAUGGUCUGUCCUGCAAUAGCACGUUUUUACCACAAGAUGGAGGAAGAGAUUUGUUAAAGAAAUGCAACAAUUACAACCAGGGGCACUUAAAGACUUUUUAUGGCAUUUGUUUUGUUAAGCAAUUUGAAUUUGGGUGAAAGGACCGUUUUAUGUGUGUUACUGCCUCAAGUGUCUUCACUUUUUUUUUUUUACUUUUGUAUCACUAUAUUAUAUGCAUGUUUAUAAUCAUAUAAGGUCAUAAUGAAAACGAAUAGUCCUUUUUAUCUUUACAUAAUGAUUUUCUUUAUUAAAAUCGGUUCACAAUAAA